ACACAGGCCAGUCGGCCCAGCGCCGUGAUACGGUAUGGCUGCGAUUAUUGCCGGGUGAUGAGAUUUUUCUCAUAUCAUUCUCUUUAACAUCGCGUUCGCGUGCAUUCCAUGCAGUCGAUAAUAAAAAGAAAGCCGAGUGUCAAAGUGAGUGUGUGGGACAUUGCGAAUCAUGAUGUUGGGAUAGCGAUGCUGGACACGUGAAAAUCCGUUCGAAGCCUGAUACAGUAUUUAAUCUAGUGAAAUAAACGGAUAUCCGCGAUACGAUGCUGGCACCGUUAAAAACAAAGUCGUCGACGAGGAGGCUGGAGGGCAAAAGGCCUAAGGAGUUAAUGUCGUCCUCGAGUCUGUCGGGAAUGUCGCAGUUGUCAAACAGCAGCGAGGAAGGUCUCGAGCCGUUCGUUCACAAGCCCAACAAAGUGGAAAAGACGGAAAGCACAUCGAGCGAAAAUGCGAAAGGAAAUGAGUGGCUCAUCAACGGACCAGCCGGGAGCAAAAUAUCCGUUUUGAAAUUCAAAUGUUCAGCCUUGGCAACACCACCGGAAAAUCCUCCGGCGAAGCAGCUCUACAUGACUUACAAAACUUUUCAAGCUGACACCAAGCUGAUAAGCCUUUUGCUCCAAGCUCACGGUUUUACAGAGGUUGGAGCCAAGGCUACCGACUUUAAUCUUCUUUGGAUGGGCAAUCAUCCGAAACCCGAUGUGCUCAGUAGCCUCGCACCUUUCCACAAAGUCAAUCACUUUCCCAGAUCGUACGAAAUAACCCGGAAGGAUCGUCUUUACAAGAACAUCGAGGGUAUGCAGAGAAGCAAAGGCCUACGAAACUUUGACUUUAUACCGCAAACGUUUUUACUGCCAAGCGAGUCUCGGGAAUUGUUGACCGCUCACUUUAGAUAUCGAGGACCCUGGAUCGUUAAGCCAAAGGCGAGCUCUCGCGGCCGGGGAAUUUAUAUCGUAAAUAGUCCGGAAAAAAUAUUCACCGAGGAGUCGGUAAUCGUCGCCCAAUACAUAAACAAUCCGUUGCUGGUCGAUGGACACAAGUGUGAUUUGCGUUUGUACAUAGCAGUUACGAAUUACGAUCCACUCUUAAUUUAUCUGUACGAAGAGGGACUGGUGAGGUUUGCGACUGUCAAAUACGAAGGUGGCAAUCAGUACAUCUGGAAUCCUUGUAUGCAUCUGUGCAACUACAGCAUCAACAAGUUUCACGUCGAUUAUGUAAAAAGCGACGAUCCGGAUGCCGAAGAUGUUGGACACAAAUGGACAUUGUCCGCUUUACUCCGACACUUGCGUUCAAUCGGCCAAGACACCGAGCUGCUCAUGCAAAGAAUCGAGGAUAUAAUAAUCAAAUCGAUUCUGGCGACCGCCUCAGGGAUCGUCAGCGGUGUUAAACAAUUCGUCAAACAUCCUGACACUUGUUUCGAAUUAUUCGGUUUUGAUAUUCUCAUCGACGACACUCUAAAGCCGUGGCUCCUCGAGGUUAAUCUGACACCCUCGUUGGGCUGCGAUUCUCCUCUCGACGUAAGACUCAAGUCCGCCCUCAUGUCGGAUCUUCUGACCCUCGUUGGGGUACCAGCCGUUGAUCCGAUAAUACGUCCAACGCAAAGUCUUCAAUACCGACGGGUUCAUUCGGCCGAGACGCUAACCCACAAGAGACGCGGCACUACCAAAAGCAAAAUCAAUCGAACGGGUCUUACCUCCGAGCAACAAAGAAUAGUCGCGUCGGCAAAGGCACAGUUCGAAAGGCGGGGCGGUUUUGUUCGAAUUUUCCCCAGCCCUAAAUCGUGGCAGCUCUAUUCCCAGUAUUUAGAUCCAACGACCGGUAUUCCAAUAGUCACUGAUCCCCUUGGCCCCGGUAGAAUGCCACAGCAAGUCAGCACCAAUCACAAUUUAAUGCUUCACGAGCAAUUGUUUCCUGCUGCCAGUCGAACAACAGGUUUUCCACCAUCAGAAGUAGCCGUCGAUCGUUUAUCCAGAUAUGCGAGAUACGAGAGAGCACUAGUCAAAGGUCAUAAACAAAGUUUGGAUCGUACCGAUAGCAAGGAAAAUAUGGAAGUUGAUACUCAUCAAAAGUACAAGGCUCAAGUGACGCAAAUGAUGCAAGAUGGAAACAAGCUCAGUCCUGGUGAAGCGAGAAAAGCGUUUGGUUUGUACCUCCGUUACAUAUUACGUAAAAUAUCACAGCCCAGCACCGAUUGGGCCUGUUGCGAUCUCGUUAUGAAGUUCCUCCAACAAUCCUCGAACAACUUACGCACACCGUUCUUGUUUACCUCACCAAGUUGUAAGCUAAGCGACAAAGAUCGUGCAGCAAUAACCGCCAAACAAUUGUCGGAUUUUUUGCAUUUGUACAAUCGUGAGACCGAACUGUACUCCGACACCGUUGAUCGGCCGCGAACAGUUCCCAACCAACUUUUUCAAAAGUUUCUCGCCUCUGCAAGCGAAGAAGAUCUCGAUGCUAUCCUUAUACUUCAAACUCGUUUGUACAAUUGCACUCACACGUUUUUGGGAAAGAGCAGCUUCGCAGGAAAUUUGCGUGGCAAUAAUUUGUUGGAUUCGUUGCCGCAAAUAACGUCGAGAGUUCAUUCGAACGCGAUGCUGACCGAACCGUGCAAGUGUUUUCAGCCGAGCGCCAACAAAAUUGGGAAAGCAUCGACGACGAAUACGUGAGGUUCGCAAGAUCGUGGCAAUGUUGUCGCGAUUCGUAUAUAACUGUCGUUGAAAUAGAAAAAAAGGAAAAAGAAACCAAAAGAAAACAUCGACGGAUCCAUAUGCGAGUUGCUAUAACCCCGUCCAAAAAAAAAAAAAAAAAAGCAUAGAAAAGUAUGAAAAAGAUAUACCUCAAAGAGAAAGCAAAAAGAAAAGAAAAACAAAAUGAGAGCCAAAAGAAACGCACAUGAGCGUUAGUUCUCGCCAUAGCAAUAUCAUUUUGCACGUAACGUAUGAAGAGAACUUUGAGCCGUUGACCUUCGUCGGUCCAAGCGAGACUUCGAACGUAUAUACACAUUGCCUCGUCAAAAUAUAACGAAUUGUCGAAGUGGUUUUCGUUGAUUGAAUUUUCGCUCGAUCGAUUUGAAAAUUUGUUUCCGUCAUUACAGUUUUUUUUUUAUUUUUUUAUUAAUAUUUCUAUCGCUUACUAUUUCCAUCGCGAAAUGUUUAUUUUCCAUUUUGAUCUGGAUAUACGUUUUCGCGUUCGUUACUCGAAUUUGAAAUAAUAACACGUUCCUACUUUUUCACUCAAUUGCUAUGAAAAAAUUUCUCCGAAAACUUUUACCUUAAUGAUUUUGUUAAAAUUACGAUCAUGAAUACUCGGAGACGAGAUUUGCAAGGACUACGACUCUCAUUAUAAUGUCAUUUAUAUACUGGUUGCUAGUCAUGCGGAUGUAGCGGUUGAACAAACGCGUUACGAAUUUCCGUUUAGCCUGACAUUCGAUACGAUCCUAAGGGAGUCGUUAAAAUAUUUUUUCCGAAUGGCACUAUAACGAAAUAUCUUUCAAAGUACAAUUGUCGGCACAAACCCGCCAAACAAUCGUAUUUUUUUUCGUCGUAAACACAAAUGCCGCUAUUUAUCGUAGUAGUAAAUCUUUAAAAUAAGAUAAACACGUGAUUAUAAAACAAUGAAACGAAUUAAGAAUCUCGAUGUGCAAAUUUUUUUGAGAAUCGCUUGAGCUACGCAACAUUUUUUAUUAAUUGAUAUUAUUCAUCAUAUAUCCUGCCGCAAUUUAGAAAUAAGUCAUCUUCCAUUCACAAACAGUAAUCGCUGUAAGAAAUAAUAAUAAGAAAAAUUUGCUACAUCAUUUUCCCCCUAUCAUCAUCGUCGUCAUCGUUGAGAUCCCUCUUGCUAACGGGGAGAGUUGCUUUAAUCGUUGCUUCUCGUAGCACCAACUGUUCGAAUAAUAUCGAUUCAUCAUAUAUUUCAUCGCUUUUUUAAUCCUCAUGAGUGAGAAAUAACUCUUAAAGGCAUAAAAGGAUUUAAUUAUUUUACGAUUUCAAUCCAUACGUGCUGUGAUAUGAAUACAUAAUUUAUUUCAUCGUUAACAGAGACGAUUAGACGAGUUUGUGAAAAUAAUAAAUAGAUAAACGAUUUAAAAUAAUUCUCGAGACGACGAAGGUUGUUAAUGAAAUAUAAAUGCUCUCUAAUGCUCUUUUAAUGAAAUUGGAAAUCCGUUGGCGGUGGAGAUCGUCACAAUACUUCUCAUUGACAAAAAUUCUGCUUAAAUAUUAAUUACUAAUCCGUGGUUUUUUCUUGUUGUAGUUGAUGAUCCGAUAAUUGAACAACGAAUAUAAUAAUUACAGAGGGCACAACGUUCAUAUGUAUAUAUAAAAUUUUUAAAUAUUAUUAUGUCUCAUACGAGCUAUACUUUGGUUCAAGCUAUUUUGAGAAAAUUCGAUACGAUUGUGAGUUUAGUAAGAAACGUUCAGACGCGACGCUAGAAUAAUUUUUGUUUUCACAACCCGUCAUAACUUUAGAAAAAACUUAAUCAACCACGAGAGUAUUUCGUACGAAUCGCAAAUUAUUUAUUCUAAUCAAUUGUCAUAAAGCAUCGCGCGCAUGUAAACAGUGUAAAUAAUAAAGAAGAAAAUUUUUGUACAUCAACGUUGAUCAGGAUUAAAAGGAAGAACGUCGAGCAAGUCCUCGAGUUUGUGUGUGUGCAGGCGUAUAAUUUAUGUCGAGAAUUUGUUUUUAUACAUUUUAUAUAUUCUGUUUUUUAUUUGCCAACGCUUGAAAUUUUAUUUUUCGUUUUUCUACGUUAAUGUUUAUUUUUUUUGUUCUUGUACGUUUGUAGUUUUUUUUUUUUUUUUAGGAAUUUUUGAUGAGGCGUAUAGUUAAUCCUACAUUUGUCCAUGGAUUCGCGCAAGAUAUAUAUAAUACGAUUAAGAAAAAAUUUAUUUAUCAAACUAAGUUAUGUCUACAUGUCUAUGGCAUAAACAAUGUUUUUACACGUAUCAAAAGUCUAUGGCGUAUUUAUUUCAUAGGGGGCGAGCUUUUUCUAUUUAAUUUCAUGUGAAUUGGAUGAUUUGUUUAUUAUUUCUACAAAGACUGGAUUCGGAGAAUAAAUUUUAUUGUAUAAUUCAUAUCGCUGAUGAUUUGGAAUUAAUUCAAGUAUAACGUUAAAAAAAUCGCGUUCCCAAACUGCCUGUAACCUUCACAUUUAAUGAGAAUUAAAAAACGUAAAUGUGCUAAACGAAACAGAUCGGUAUUCAGUUCGAUAACUUGUAUAGCCUAAUGUAGAAAAAAAGGAAAAACAAUUUCCAAAGCUCUGCGCACUUCAUCAGUUUUGUCUUUCACUAUCAAGACAUUGGAGGAAUGUGUUCAACGAUUAUUUAUUGUGUCUACAAGCAGUCGCUUAUUUUACUUGAUAUAUAUAUAUAUAUAUAUUAUUGGGACCUCAUUGAUUGUUUCAAUUUAUCUUUGGAUAAAAAUCUAAACUGGAAUAUCAGAGAAAGCGAGUUGGAAAAAAUAAUGGGACAAUGGGGGGACGUUACAAUCGUUCCCCUGGUACCUGUGAUCUGUAAAACUUGCUAGUCAGCUCUUUAAGUCUUUCCAGAAUUCAACUAAUGGAAAGAAACGAUUAUUCAGCUAUAAUUUUGACCAUUUAUUUUUCCUUGUAUCUAUUAGUAAAAACUUCGCGUUCGAUACCAUAAUGGAGAAUCACACAAUGUUCUCACAAGACAAAAUGAAUAGCAAUAAAAAAGUUUGGUUCUGUAUUGGCUACUUCAUUUUUGUUGAUCCGUUGUAUCAAAUAAUCAAGAUUAAUACUGUAAAACGCUAGUGAAUUCCACAGGCAUAGUAAAGGAAAUCACAAAACAAUUGAGUUUUCUACAAUUUUAGUCCAAGUUGAAAUUUGGAAGCUCAAUUAAUACUUUAAAUAAUUUGCUAUGUAAUUGUGAAAUAAGAGAUAACAAUGUUCAUUGUAUAAAAUUUGUACAGUAUAUAGCCAAUGUUCUCCUUAUAGGCUUGCAAUCUCAACUGUUUUCAAUCUAUAAACAAUUAUUGUAAUUAAGAAAUUUGAAAUAUCCAUCCUGGAUUUACGCCUGGAUAUCUCGCUGAGAAACAUAUUUUUCCCAUUGUACAGCAAGUGUGGCAGUGUCUUGAAAAAAAUCGAAAACGAUUGGUAAUAAAGAAAUUCAACAAAUA